AUGGACGACGACAUGGAACUGGACGAGGAGCAGGAGCACGACCAGGAGCACGAACACGAUCCCAUCGACGAACCCGACUUUGACGAUGACGAUGUAGACGACAAUGACGACGGGGACGACGAUAUGGACGAUGACGAUGGUGACGCCGAUGCCGAUGAUGAUGACGACCAGGACGAUGCUGAAGACGACGAUGAUGCCUCGGUCGCUGCUUCCGGCCGCCAUGGCAACCGUCCAUCCGCCCAAGACUCCGCACUCUCCGAGGCAACAUACCUCCGCAAAGUCCAAGAGCGUCGCGCCCUCUUCCGUCCACCACCCGCCUGCAUCUCCACCACUUUAGGCUACCAUAUUGAGCCCAUGGCAGCCGCGCCGCACUCCAGCCAGAUCCACGCACUAGCCCUCUCGCUCGACGGCCAGACCUUGCUGACCGGCGGCUCGGACGGCUACGUCCGCAAAUACGACGUCUACGCCACCAUGAACGGCAAGACCAUGCUCACCCAAAAUGUGCGUCAUGGUUUUGUCGAAGGCAUCACCCGCGGCGGAACACUCACAGGCUUCUGGCCACACGAGGAGCAUUUCCCUACCAACGGCGUCGCUUCCUCUUCGUCUUCAUCGACACUCAACCCUCCCAUGGGUCCAGACAAGGACCGGCUCAUCGGUGCCGUACAUAGCCUCGCCAUCCAGCAGGACGCUCUCUGGGGGCUCAGCGGCUCCGAGUCCGGGAACAUCCAUCUUUAUGGUGUGCGGCACGAGCCCGGCGUGACGCGGCAUGUGUUCAGAAAGCACAAGGGCGCGGUGUCGGCGUUGGCGCUGACGCAGGACGAGACGAGCAUGAUCUCUGGUGGAUGGGACCGCGGGGUGCAUCAGUGGGACUUGAACACGGGGAGCGUGGUUAAGUCGUUCCCUGGCCAUGCGGGGCAGAUCUCGAGUUUGGCGUUUAGGCCGGUGGCGCAGUCGCAGUCGUACGGUCAGCGGGACGGGGUCAACGUGGCGAUACAUCCUUCAGCAGUCAAGGGUAACGGGGUGGAGGUAAAUGAGGACGAAGAGGAUCAGGCGAGGAAUGAGGGGAUGCGCGACGAGGUAGAGCGCAGCGGAAAGAAACACGACAACGAUGAGGGGGAACAGCAUGUCAAUGGCAAUGGUGCCAAUGCUACACCAUCGCAGUCUGCGGCGAAACCGGAGCCGGACCAGAAGGUGGAGACCGACGCACCAACAUCUUCAUCAGCAGCAAGCGGUCCCGCCUCGGAGUCAGCAGACGCGGCUCAAGCCGGCGACACCGCGCAUACCUCGACUCAGCAAAACGACGCCGAAGCACAGUCAGACAACAAGCCCGCAGACGCGACACAAAGCAGCGACGCAGCUACGUCCGACCCCGCCGCUUCCAGUACUCAAGCCACCCACGUCGCCAGCACAGACAAAAGCGCCCCCGCUGCCUCUACAUCAGCAAACGCCACAGAUGCAGCCACCACCCCUGCCGACCCGGCCGCUGAAACCGCACCCGCACCUCCCAGCACCAACGCCGUCACCGGCGACGACCCCACCGAAGAAGAACUCGCCUUUGAAGCCGAACUCAACGCCAGCCUCGGCAUGGCGCUCGACGGCGGCGCCACAAGGGCGGACGGUACGCGGCCGGACAGUAUCAUUCCCUCGGCGAGCGGUACCACCGCUGGAGGGCUGAUGGUCGCUGGAGCAGACCUAGACGAUGGUGCGGAUGACGACGACCUGUUUGGUGGCGAUACUCCCCCCGCGUCCUCCUCUUCGGCUGCCGCUGUCAAGGAGGUCAAGAGCGAGCCGAACGGCAACGGUGCGGCUACGGGUGGAGGAGGUGGUGGAGAGAGCGAUGGCGAUGAUUCGCUAUUUGGCGAUGGCGACGAGGAUGCAGAUGCAGAUGCGGACGCCGAAGGGGAUGCGGAGAUGGACGCGGAUGCAGAUGGCGAUGGCGAUGCGGAUGCAGAUGAAGAGGGAGAUGGGGAGGACGAUGGAUCGAGUGACGAGGACAUGCCGCUGGCGGGGCGGUCGAUGGUCAAGAAUCCUUCUUCACAGAGCCUCCUUCUCGCGCAGGGGACGGCAUCCCCCGCCCUCAGCUCUGCGCCACUGCUUCCAUCCUCCUCUGCCAGCAACACCACCACCACCGACCUCGCUGCCGCCACUUCCAGCGCUAAAGACGUCAAACCACCGACCUCCCCCGCCAAGCCUUCGACCGCCCCGAGCAGUCCGCCGAAAAAGGCGCUCCCCAAACCAGCCUUUGGCGGCUUCAGUAUCGCCUCGUCCUUCGACGCGCCUCUCACCACGUUCAGCCCGGAUGUGAUGCUCUCAACGUCGCUCUCGGGCCAGGCGAUUCUGUGGGACCUACGCUGUCCCUCGUACACGUCGGCGCCCGCGAAGGGCGUGCACUCGCUCGCGCUGCCGGCCAAGGUGCCGCCGUGGUGCCAGAGUGCGAUCUUCGACGCGUCGGGCGACAAGGUGUUCGUGGGGCGACGGAAUGAGGGGGUGGACGAGUGGGAUCUGCGCAUGCCCACGGCUAAGUACGUCAGAUCGCUGCGCCUGCCGUCCGGGAGCGGGCCCGUGUAUGCGCUCACCGCCAUGCCGAACGGACGCCAUAUCGUUGUUGGCAGCUACGACAAUAUCCGGCUGUGGGACACCCAGUUUGACACCGCGACGCCCGCAACGGGCAUGGGAGGCGAGUUGAAGGUGCCGUUCAAGAUCGUCGCCGGCCACCAUGGCGCCAGUCUGUCAAGCGUCGUCGUCGACACGAGUUGCAGGUUCUUGGUCUCGGCGAGCGGCGAUCGCGGCUGGAUGGGCAGCAGCACCGAGGCGGUCAUCAUCCAUGACAUCAAGGCGCUCUAA